GUAACAUUUAAUAUUCAGGCCUAGCGUAAGCUAGUAUACCUUCGGUGAACAUUGUUGUAUGUAAAACUGAAAUGUUCCAUAACGAAUAGAUUGUGAUAAUUUAAAGACAAGUUAAUACUUAUCAAUUUUUUUGUCUAGUUGUAGUAUAGAUGAAAAUACACGACGUACUUGUGCCAUUCUAGUAUAGAAAGAAGCAUAUAUGCUCAUAUAUUUCCAUGGUAUAUAUUACCGGAAUUAUAUUAUGACAAUCUCAGCCUGAAUAACUAGCCAGAUUAAGAAAAUAUAUCAUUGUGUUAGAUAAAGUAUAGGGAAAUCCCAACCCGAGGGUGAUCGGUUCCACUGGGAAAGAGUUAACAAUCGGUAAGGAUAAAGUCGGACCCUAGGUAGAGUUGGAUUCAUCAAAGUGUAAAAGUUAUUUUGAAUUAAUUUCGACUCCUUGGACACCCUAUAAGACAUGCUCUCAUAUUUUAAUACUUUAGCCCUAAUAAAUUUCAUUGCUGUUAACAAAGGAGUGGUUAUCGCGUUUGUGUAGGAAAGUGUAAAGAAAUGUUGCAGGUAGAGUGUGAGACUAGCCCGUGUGAGAUAAGAUAUUUUGAGCACCGAUAUCUUUAGUGACAUUUACGAAUUUUUCUAUCCGGUAAGUGAGAUAGAUAAAUGUUAAUCUCAUAGAAAAACUCCCUUCAUUUGUAGCAGCAGAUACAUUAACAGUUUUGAGCGACUAUAAUAGCCUUUACAAAUAGUUAGGUACCAGACCAGAGGCCGAGCACCUAAGCAUCUAUAUUUAACAGUUACACUUAAAGUUUUGUUGAUUUCGUGUAAAAUGGGAAGACAGGUCUACAUCUUUUUAGCAGGCUUUAAUUUUUGCAGCAUGUAAAGUGUAAAGCAAAAUUUUAUGUUAAACUUCAAAAUUAAAUAUGAACAAUGGUUAACAUUUGAUAACCUCUUUGAUCAUGUCGGUGCCCUUAAACAGACAAACUAGGUCUACAUGGUCUAGAUUCAAAUUACUACAAGAAAACCACUUAUCAUAUCAAUUUAUAGUAAAGACUGAUAAAAAUGUGAUCAUAACGGCAUGAUUAAUAUAAGCGGUCAUCACGUUAUCUAUGUAUAAUCCUGUCCAGCUGAGCAAUUCACAAGGUCUACGUACUGGUCAAGAUUACUCUGUUAGUAAACAUGGCCUUCUCAACACCUAUUCGUGCGACUGGACAAAUAAUUCGGCGACAUAUUACCAGGAAUAAUCGAACACCAUUUGUCGGGUUAUGCAGUACAACUAUUGAAGCUCCGAAAUACGAGGUGCGUCCAAUGCGACGUUGUGACAUACAAGGGUUGUACGAGUUGACUUCGGAAAAUCAAUGGAACAUGGAAAAGGCUUACCUAGAGUGUGUGUUCAACACAGAUCCGAGUGGUCUAGUCGUGGUGGUAACAGAAGAUAACAAAGUCAUCGGUCAUAACGGAAUACUUGCCCACAGUGAUACAAUUGCAUCGUCUGGAAUGAAUAUUGUGAAGGAGGAAUUCAGAAGAUUUGGGAUAGGCAAGAAAUUGUUUCGCAAUGUUAUGGAUGUAAUGCAAGACCGGAACGUUGGUGGAACUUCAUUAAGCAACAGGGUGACCUUUUAUGCUCAAUUUGGCUGGACAAUUAAAUCGUACACUAUACAUUAUAAUGCUGGGCCGGUGAAUCCAGACUUUGUCAAAGAUCCGCCUACUGGCGAUUUUGAGAUAGUACCUCUUUCUGACGUAGAAAUAUCAGAUUUUGUGUCAUAUGACGCCGAACUUCAUACAGUACCGAGGGCAGUUUAUAUCUGCAACUGGGCAACAUGGUCAAAAGCUAAUACAUACGUCGCAUUGAGAAACGGUCGUAUUUGUGGGUACGGCGUUCUUAGACCAGCUGAUAUUGGGCAUAGAAUGUAUCCACUAUAUGCAGACGACAGUUGUAUUGCACGUGCGUUAUUUUGUAAACUUGCAAGCUGCGUUCCUAACAACGAGCCAGUUAUUUUCUCGCAGCCAAUUGAAAAUGAAGCAGCAAACGAAUUUGUAGCAGCCAAUAAUUUUGUAACUUAUCUAUCUAUGACAAGAUUAUAUAAUAAGUGGAAUAUUCCAGUUGAUUUAAAGAGAGUUUAUUCUGUAUCUUCAACCGAAUAUGGAAUCGUUUGAAUAGAGAAUAGAUAUUACAAUGACUGUAAAGUUUAUUUUAUGAUUUGUGAUCAUAACGAGAGAACAUUAUAAAGAAGAAGUAAAUGUAUUUUCUAAAGAAAGGUUCUACUGUUAAUAAAAUAUCAGUUAGAAAACUGUCAUGAAAUGUUUCAUGUUGUUAUUGUGAAAAAUAAAAUGUUUGUUUCUUAUAUAUUGAGUGGUAUAUAUCUAAAAUAAUUUCACAUAUAAGUGACAUUAUAUGAAAUAAAAGAUGCAUAUGCAAGCAUUUAAUUGCAUAUGUUAAACAUAUUAGAUAACAAAAAGGUAGAAUAUAUAACUAUUGAGACAAUCUGGUUAUUCUAUCUUGAAAUAUUGAAUC